GUUUUCACCGCAUUAGCUUCGGCAAAGCCAACUCCUUCAAUCCCACAUCGCACCGAACUGGCUGCCGGCUCAAUUCCAUAUAUGAACAAUGCCCAGUGUCACGGUGAAAGAUGUCAACCAGCAGGAGUUUGUCAAGGCGCUUUCAGCUUUCCUGAAAAAGUCCGGGAAGCUGAAAGUCCCAGAGUGGGUCGACACUGUGAAGCUGGCCAGGCACAAAGAGCUGGCUCCCUGUGAUGACAACUGGUUUUACACCAGAGCAGCGUCCACGGCCCGCCACCUGUACCUGCGGGGCGGCGUGGGCGUGGGCUCCAUGAUCAAGAUCUACGGGGGCCGUCAGAGGAACGGGGUGUGCCCCGCCCACUUCAGCGUGGGAUCCAGGAACGUGGCGAGGAAGGUCCUCCAAGCUUUGGAGGGCCUCAAGAUGGUGGAGAAGGACCCCAAUGGUGGCCGGAGACUCACCUCUCAGGGCCAGAGAGACCUGGAUAGGAUUGCUGGUCAGGUUGCCUCGGCAAACAAGAAGCAGCGCAGUUUGCAGAGCGCCAUCUGAGGAGAGCGCGCCAAGAAUCCAGACACGUGAAAUGCAGCGAUAUGCCUUACUGCUUAUUUACUCAAGUUCGCUCGUCUCCCAUAUCAAUCCGGUACCCAAAGAAACCAAGCACAAGAGGCACUUCACAGAGAUGCAUGUGUCCAUAGUACCGUCUGAGCAAAUUUAAUAUUAUACACGAAUGUUUGCAAGAGCUUUAACUCUGUGCUUUGUUUGAAACGCAUUAUGAAUUUCAAGACAGCGGUGGCCUUGAGACAGCAACACAGAAUGAACACUAACGCACUGAGAAUGCAGUAUUACCAAGCAUGAGCAUGAUAAUAUUGUUACCUGCAAAUGUGAAGCUGAAAAACUGUGAAAAUAAAUAAAGACAAAUGCA